AUGCUCUACAAGAAUGUCAGGAUACCGAUAGGAGACGAAGAAGACGGCUUUGAGGACCAGGACCAGGAUGAGUCCACUUACCUGCUUCCAGAGAAUGAGAAGGAACUAGAGAAGUUCAUUCAUUCAGGCUCCGAUGGCGGCGGCCGCGCUGAGGCACUUGGCUCAGGUAAAUGUUCGUGUAAAUGCUCGCAGGUGCGACUGGGCCGGCAGCGCUCGAGAAGCCCGGAGACCCUCUGUGUCGUCAGGGAACAGCGAGUGGGCUGUGUGACCUUUGAGGACGUGGCCAUUGACUUCUCCCAGGAGGAGUGGGGGCUCCUUGAUGAGACUCAGAGGCUGCUGUACUGUGAUGUGAUGCUGGAGAACUUUGCAAUCCUAGCGUCCCUGGGUUCUUGGCUUGAAAAAGAGGACGAGGAGGCAUCUUCUAAGCAGAGUCUCUCUGUAGAAGGAAUAUCACAGGUCAAGAUGUCAAAGCCAGGUUUAUCCACCGAGAACACUCACCCCUGGGAGAUGGGUGUCCCAUUCCUGAAAGACAUUUUACACCUGACUGAGCAAAUGACAUACCCUGAGCAGAAUCUCUGCUCAGGUGGGGCAUGCGUGAGAUGCUUCUGGAUGAGAGCAAGCCUUCGCCAGCACCACAGGCGCCACAGUGGAGAGAAACCCUUCAGAAAAGACGAGGACAAGCCCUCGGUUAUGAAGAGCUGCACAUUCUGUGUGUCAGGGAUGCCUUUCACCUGUGGGGAUGUUGGGAAGGACUUCCCAUCAACCCCAAGCCUUCUCCGGCCCCAGGCCACUCGUAAGAGUGAGAAGCCACCCAGCAGCGUCAACUGUGGAGAGGCCUUUCACAGUGGAAAAAGACUUUGCAAGUGGGUUAAAUGUGGGAAAUCUUCCAGUCACAAACACACACUUGUUCCCCACGAGAGCAUCUGCACUGGAGAGGGACAUUGUGUGGGUACCAAAUGUGGGAAAGGUGUCAGCUGCGAGUACAGACUUAUUCAGCACCAGGAGAUUCACACUGGAGAAAGGCCAUAUGAGUGUGGCGAAUGUGGAAAAUCCUUUAGAUACAAGUGCUUACUCAUUUACCAUCAGAGAGUUCACACUGGAGAAAGGCCCUAUAAGUGUGAGGAAUGUGGGAAAUCCUUUAGAGAUUCCUCAACCCUCAUUCAACAUCGGAAAAUUCACACUGGAGAAAAGCCUUACGAGUGUAGCAAAUGUGGGAAAUUCUUUACCCAGAGUUCAAACCUUAAGAAACACCAGAGAAGUCACACUGGAGGACGACCUUAUGAGUGCAGGGAAUGUGGGAAAUUCUUUAGCUAUUGCUCCUACCUAAGUAAACACAAGAGGAUUCACACAGGAGCAGAGCUAUAUGAAUGUUGUGAAUGUGGAAAAUCCUUUAGCCGAGGGUCCAGCCUCCUUCACCACCAGAGAAUUCACACUAAAGUUAGUGCCCAUGAGUGUGCUGAAUGUGGGAGAUCCUUUAGAUACAAAUGUUUACUCAUUUACCACCAGAGAAUUCACACUGGAGAAAGGCCUUAUCAGUGUGCGGAAUGUGAGAAAUCGUUUAGAGAACGCUCAGUCCUCAUUCAGCAUUGGAGGGUUCACACUGGAGAAAGGCGUUAUGAGUGUGGGCAAUGUGGGAAGUCAUUUAGUCACUGUAAAUCCUUCAUUAGACACCAGAGAGAUCACACUGGAGAAGGACCUUAGAUGUGCAGGGAAUGUGCUGUUUCCUUGUUCAGAAUAACACCACUUGAGAUUUCCUGCCUGCUAGAUAUUGGUCACAGGUGGUUUGAGUACCUGGUGGACAGGUUUGUGAUGGUGACACAUCUGGAACCACAAGCAGUGUGA